AACAGGAACUUGUUUGUGCGGUGACAUACACAUACGGCUGGGUAAACGAAACAACACUGGCGGGCAUCACGCGUUCAAUCUGCUGUGUUUGAAUUCUUUUUGGGUACUCCUCAUGGAGCCAACUAAUCUACAGAAAGCUAUUGCCGUAGCACAGAAGGCCUCAGAGGAAGACCAGGCUGGGAACUAUGAGGAGGCCAUCCGCUCCUACAAACAUGCUGUCAAGUACUUUCUGCACAUUGUAAAACGUGAACCCCAAGGUAAAGAUGGCAACCAGAAGAUCCGAGAUCAAUGUAAACAGUACCUGGACAGAGUGGAAGAAUUACUGCGGUACCAAGAGAAUAAAGAGAAGGCCAUUGAUCUUGCCAGCAAGGCAGCUCAAGAGGAUAAAGCUCAGAAAUAUGAGGAGGCUCUGCGUCUUUACCAGGCAGCUGUUCAGUACUUCCUCCAUGUGGUGAAAUAUGAAGCCCAGAGUGACAAAGCUAAACACAGCAUCCGGGCCAAAUGUGCUGAAUACUUGGACAGGGCAGAGAAGUUGAAGGAGUAUCUAAAGAAGAAAGAAAGCGCCCCUCCUGCUAAGCCUGUCAAAGAGUCACAGUCUGAUGACAAAGGGAAUGAAAGCGAUGAGGGUGAUGAUCCCGAGAAAAAGAAGUUCCAAAAUCAACUUUCAGGUGCAAUUGUUAUGGAGAAACCAAACAUCAAAUGGAAUGAUGUUGCUGGUUUAGAGGGAGCGAAGGAGGCACUGAAAGAAGCAGUUAUUCUUCCUAUCAAAUUCCCCCACCUUUUCACAGGAAAAAGAACUCCAUGGAGAGGGAUCUUGCUCUUUGGACCUCCAGGCACGGGAAAGUCCUAUCUGGCUAAAGCGGUUGCCACAGAGGCAAACAACUCCACCUUCUUCUCCAUCUCUUCAUCUGACCUUGUCUCCAAAUGGCUGGGAGAGAGCGAAAAGUUGGUUAAGAAUCUUUUUACCCUGGCAAGAGAGCACAGGCCCUCUAUCAUCUUCAUUGAUGAGAUAGACUCCCUGUGUGGCUCAAGAAGUGAGAACGAGAGUGAGGCCGCUCGGCGUAUUAAGACAGAGUUCCUGGUUCAGAUGCAGGGUGUGGGGAACAACAAUGAGGGAGUGCUAGUACUCGGUGCAACAAACAUCCCAUGGACCCUGGACUCCGCCAUCAGAAGAAGAUUUGAGAAGAGGAUCUACAUCCCGCUGCCCGAAGAGCACGCCCGCUCCUUCAUGUUCAGGCUCCAUCUUGGCCCGACCCCCAACUGUCUCACCGACACCGACUUCGUCACUCUGGGCAAGAAGACUGAAGGAUACUCGGGAGCAGACAUCAGCGUGAUUGUCAGAGAUGCUCUAAUGCAGCCUGUUCGAAAGGUCCAGUCCGCCACCCACUUCAAACGGGUACGAGGGGAAUCGAGAACUGACGCCAACCUUAUUGUAGAUGACCUCUUGACUCCUUGCUCACCUGGCGAUCCCAACGCGAUUGAGAUGUCAUGGAUGGAUGUACCUGGAGAGAAACUAUUGGAACCUAUCGUGUCAAUGUCUGAUAUGGUGAAGUCUCAGGCCAACACGAAGCCAACAGUCAAUGAACAAGAUCUGGACAAGCUGAAAAAAUUCACAGAGGACUUUGGACAGGAAGGCUAGCUGGGAUGCUUGAGUCGAGACAAACCAAAGGAUUUGUGAUUGUCUCUCUUUACUGUCCUUGACCCAUUUCUUUAUCUCUCUCUCUGUGUGUCUCAUCAUACCCUUACACAAGGCUUUGUGGUUUAUCAUAAGUGGACAAGAUUACACUUGUGCUGUUUUGCCAAUUUGAUAACCACGCAAUGGGUGGAAGGACAUUGUUUUAUUUGAUAGUAACCAUUGUCCAAAGAACAUUAAAGACUUCCCAUCUGCAGAUGACAUGAUGACAUAUUCAAUAUUCACUCAAAUCUAAAGGUAUUGGUGAGCAGAAAGCCCAAGCCACUUAGGGAAACCAACAGCAGACAUACAAGACAAUUAUUUCAAAUAAGGCUAUUGAAAUCAGGAUAAUUUAUUUUAAGAUGGGACUAGCUCUUGUGUCAGAAUAUGUCUCACUAACUAACGAAUGCCCCCUUGUGUAUUCUCUAUUUUAUAUAGAAAACAAGCAUUUUAUAGUGUAAACUGUACUUUGUGGAUUUGAUCCAUCUUGGGCUGGGGGAGUGAAGCGGGCCAUGAGUUCAUUGGAUUUGUUGUGGUGAACAUUUCAUUCUUGUCUCAGGUGGUGGAUGUUUAAGAGCUUUGAGACCGAGAUACUCAGGAUGAGAGCUACAUUAGACCCUCUGGAAAAGUUGGAUUGUUUCUCCAGUUUUCUAACAACGGACAAUUGUAUUUGUUUACUCUUGCCAUUGGAAUUAAACACGGCUACAAGGGUGGAUCCCCGAUGGUGCCGGACCAGCAUUACUUUA